AAUAUUUCAAAAAUAUUUGCGAAGAAUAGCUCGUUUUUGCUGACUUACACCUUAAUUAUACUUAUAUAUAAAGUUCAAUCGAAUAGUAUAAACUAUUGUGAACAUGGAUCACACUGUAAGCAGUCAAACCGAGCCUUCCCAAUCAGAAGAAGUGUCGAAAUUUGCCGGAGUGGUAUUUCAUAAUAUUCAAGAUGCGUACAUACCAGGGAAAGACAUUCGUUGUUGUUUUUCAAUUAAGCAAUGCGUUUCAACAACACCUAACGACUGGAUAGGGCUCUAUAAAGUGGGCUGGAAAUCGUCGAAUGAAUUUCUUACUUACGAAUACCUACCAGAACUAUCUACGACAAGCUCUCUAACCGCGUCUUUGGCUUUACAAAGUUUUGUCUGUUUUCAAGGAAGCAAGCUGCCACCUUCUGAUGAUUGCGAAUUCUAUCAAUUUUGCUAUGUCACAAGCAGUGGGGAAAUUCGUGGCGCUAGCUGCCCAUUUCAGAUAAGUUAUAGCAAGCCUGGACAACUGGAAAUAUCAUGCGAGGAAGACGACGAAAGCCUGUUGAUUGUAAAGAACCGUACAACAGUUCUGGAAGAUGCCCUCGUGAAGGCGCACGACGAAAAUAUCAAUUUGAAGUCAUUGAAUGAGAAACUGGAUGCGGACAUCUUGAAGUUUCAAGAUAUGAUUUUAAAGUUGGAGGCAAAAAAGGAAGAGUUUGGCACCGAAAACCAAAAACUGAGCAAGUUGUUGGAUAAAGCAUUAUCCGAGAAAACGAAUCUCCACGAAAUGUACAACGAAUGCCAGGAAAAGUUGAAGAAAUGCGAAUCCGCACUGGCAUUGGCGAAAGACGAGAAAACAGAGAUGCAGUUCAUGUUUAAUGAGCUGAAGGCGCACAACUCCAAAGCAACAUCUGACCAGCAAUUGUUUGAAGAUGAGAAGGCACAACUGUUGCAAUUGAUAAACCAUAGAGAUGCUACUAUCAAAAACUUCCUACAAACCAUUGAAGAGAACUGUACCAAGUUUGAUGCAUUAGAAAAGGAAAAUCAAGAACUCCUGAGGAAAAUAGAGUGUUUAAGCACAGAAAAUGCAAAUCUUGCAGAUGAUAAAACCAAGUCAGAAGAAUCUUUGAAGAAAUCGGUGGAAGCAAACGAGGAGUUGCAGAAAUCACAACUCAAAAUGUGUGAAGAGCUUCGCUCUUUGCAAGAAAAAAAUUCAAUGACUGAUAAAGAAUUGCUCAUGGUACGUAAGCAAGCAGAGGAGGAAGCUUCUUCAUACACUACUCGAUUAUCUGCUCUGGAACUGAAGCAUGCGGAUGAAUGUGAUAGUCUUCAAAAUCAGUUGCAGAAGAUGUCUAGUGAGCUGAAGGAAAGCAAGCAGGCAAUAACAGAUAGCUAUGAGAAGAAUUUUGAAGACCAAUCUUUAUGGAACCAUGAAAAGAAAAUUCUUAAAGAACAAAUAAAGGAAUUUGAAGAUAGCUUGAGUGUGUUGCAAGAGCAACUGGCCCAUGAGCGAGCUUUCAAUAACUCACUUAGCUUUGCUUCUGAUCAGCAAUUGUCGGAACUGCAAUUGCAAUUGAAUGCACAAUUGGAGAAGAGUGUGGCCAAUAACAAAAAAAUUGAAGAGCUUAAUCAAGAAGUAAGAUGCUUAAAGGAAAUUAUACAGCAAAAUGAAGCUGAGAUUGCAAAAUGCAAAUUGACUUCUGAGCAGACACAGCAACUUGAAAACAAUCACAAGCUGAUUGAUGAAAAGUUACAAACAAGCUCAGUAGUCAGUGAAACCGAAACCAGUGUUGGCCUUGAGGGAUCUCAUUUUGCAUUGAAAACAGCUCACGGCCAACUGAAGAAACAAUACCUGCAAGCAAAGAAGGAAAUUGAGAGUCUUUGGAGGCAAAAGGCAGAUUUAAAAAGGCAGUUGGCAUUUUUGCAAUCUGAGCUGCCCGAUUCGGAUAUGAGAUUUGAAAUGGCUAACCUUAAGAAACAAGUUGAAGAUCUUCGUGUUCGACUGAAUAUGGGAGCUGAAGCCUACACAGCUAAGGUGAAGGAAUGCCAAAAGUAUCAAAAGCAAUUAAGAAAAGGGCAAAAGACUUCGCUUCUUUUGUCAAGCAGUGCUCAAAAUCAACCAACCCAUGUUGAAAACACUGAAAUAAAAAAUCACAAGCAGCUACACGAACUUGAAAAGACAACCUAUAUCAAAUCCUUAGAGAUUGCAGAAAAGGAAUCAAAAGAGCAACUGCUUGUGAUGCAGGAAAAAUAUGCUGCUCUGCAACAGGAAGCGCUAAAUCUGAAGAAGGAUGCGAAGGAAAACAUGGAAAAACGUUUGAUUGAAGAUAAAGAGUUACAAUCUCAUAUAGACCACCUUCGCCGACAGUUGGAAGCUAAAUCGGAAGCAUUGAAAGACGCCAAAAGGAAAUAUGAAGAGGAUAUGAGAAAUGCUGUUGAAUGUCAGAGUGAGGAGAACACAAAGAUUCAGAAUGCCCUCAAAGAGUUAAAGGAACAAAAUGAAGGGUUGUUGAUUGAAAAACGAAAUCUAGAAGCGAAGUUAGAAAAACAAAACGAGUAUGUGCGACAAUUGAGAGAGUUGGACGAAGGAGUUCAUUCCUGUUCAAACCACGGACGAGACAAGGUAUACGAGCCAAAUUUGGAUGACGAAGUUAGUCGAGGCUCACCUUCGUCUGCUGCAGAUUCUACCUGCGACUCCAUUAGCAGUGGCAACCAAUGUCCAGUUUGCGCAAUCUUCUUUCCCCCAAACUGUGCUGAGAGCGACUUCGUAAAUCAUGUGAAUAGUCAUUUCAAAGACUAAAGAUCGUUGUGAGUUGGGUAUUCAAUUUUCGGCCAUUACAAUGGCAACGUUGAUGAUUUCAAGUUUAAUUAAACGUUAACGCAUGGGUUAUAACAGUUACGUAAUCACAUAUUGAAUAGGAGGUAAUCGUGGUCUGAAUUAAAACCACAAUCCUAGAAAUUCGUAGAGCCACGUAUGUACAGUUAAAGAAGCGUGAUUUUGCAGAAGGUCGAUAGAAGCCGUUCAUAGUCUUUUGUGACCUGACUUCGUAUCGAGAGACACUUCAACAAGUGAUGCAUUAAGGAGUCUUUUCAGUCAUAUCAUAGAGAGCGGAAGACUAGAGAACCAGGCUUUAAUUUGUUUAAUAAUGCACCUAUAUAUUGUAUUUUUUGUAGAGUGAUUUCAUAUCCAACUUACAAAUGACAGUGUAAUUAUAAGUAUUAAAAUCAUAAACCAAGUACAUUUGUCGUGCAAACAGA